AUGCUGCGCAAUAAUUUUAACUCGCCCAAUAACGUUUCUCCGGUCGAAGAAUCAACAAUCGAAGAAGAAAUUGCUUUGAUUUCCAUGAAGAUGUUACCAAGAGUCAAAAUCUUCACGCACGAUUCCAGAAGUGUAUACAAAGGAACGGCACCAUCUAACUGACAUUAUUUUCCGAAUUUGAGAUUUUAGUGUUUUGAACCUUGUAUGGCAUAUUAUGUACUCUAUGUCUUUCUCAAUAAAUAUUGAAAACAAAUUGUUUAAAUGUUCGUAAGAGUUAUUUCAAAUUUCCCCCGUCCACUGGUCCACGGCUCUGUAUAUUCUAACGCACUUAUUAUACUAAGAAAUUUAAAUAUCUUAAGUUACUAUGAUAUACUUUUUAUUUUAGCGAAAAUAGACAAUUAGUCAUAAUUGUAUUACACUAUGACUUGUGUCAUCUGUACUGGUUUUCAACAUUUCAUUCGACCGUAUUUAAAACUAUACGAAAUUCAUCUAGUAGUUCAGUCCUUCACCCAGCUGGACUCAAAAUAAAAAUUAUCAGUUUCUAAAAAGUAUUACAUAAACUAAAUGAAAAAAAUGUAUUGCCAAAAUGAGAGUGAUGUAAUGUUUGUUAGCUGGUUACCUCUUACCCGUAAAACGGAACUCUUGUUAUGUAAUGAAAGAUUAAAAAAAAAAAAACAAUUUUCGAAUUAAAAGUUAUUCGUUUAAAUUUCUGAUAUAGUUUUGCAAACAACUAUAUAUUAUUAUUUUGAAUAAUAUCAUUAUUACCUACGGGUUAUUUCAUGGGGUCAUGGGUAUAAUAACAACAUACACUAUAAACCGCUUAUAAGGAAUUAAAAUAUAAAUUAUACCGUUCUUAAACAUUAUUUUUAAGUUCUUAAGUUUUAUAAGCCCUAUAUAAAAAUUAUAUAAAACUAAAAUUUAUCAUCUCCGUAUUAAUUAUUAUUUUCGUAUUUAGGUAUAUUGUUAUAACAAUAUAUAACAAUAAUUGUUUAUUGUGUUCUAUACUAUAACAUUAUGAUGUUUUUUGUUUAUCGUUAUAAUUUCAAAAAUUAAAAAAAUGUUAAUUAAAAUUAAUGUGUAUUUUAUUACAUGUUUGCGUACUCUUAUUUUUAUAAUACCGUGUGCAAUAUUUCGUAUUGUUUUAUAAACAAUUUAGUUAUUAUUAAAAUUAUAUCGGUUAGGUUAGAUCAUAACGUAGGAGUAAAAUCUUAAAUUUUACUCUUUUAAUAUAAUUUAUAUUACACAUAUAUAAAAGUCAGCCAUCGCGAGGUUAUCAUUUUAUUAACACUACCGAUAUAAUUUAAAUUUUAUAAUACAAAAUAUUUCUGUAUACAUCAAUUAUUUACAAAACGAAUAAAAAACAAAAAAAAACGCAUUAAUUUUGUGUCGAAAAAAGAAAAGAAAAAUAUAUAUAUUUUUUUUUAAUUACAAAUCAAUAUAAUUACCAUUUCGAUUUUUACAAUUGAUAAUAAAUCAAUAUAUCUGAUAUUUAUUGACUUACUUCGUGUGUAUAUUUAUUUCAGAACGCCGGUGUUCAUCUGUUUACUUUUGUAGUCCUGCUAAUUGGCUCGGCUGUACUACUCGAAUGCACCACUACUGGAUCCGGAAUCGUAUCGGCUAUCAGGGAAAGUAUGAUGGGCUUGAUGAUGCAACCGUACAGCGAAUCGGCCACAAAUACGUUAAAUAUGAUUCAAGAAUCUGUAAGUCAACAUUUUCAAUAUCAUAUUGUUUAAACAUUUUUGAUUUGUGUACAAAAAAAAUAUAAUAGUAACCGAAAAAUUAAGAACUAUCCCUAGGCACAACUAGGAGGCUGCUAGGAGGUACUUAGCACCCCGUAAAUACCCCGAUCAGCAUUUCCACAGCGAUGACUAAAUAUUUUAUCCAUGUAUUUCAUAAUUAAUGAGCAGAAGAAAUUUACAGGUUCCCUACAAACAACGCACUAGUGUAUGAAAAAUAAUGCUAAAAUGUACACGGAAUUGUUAAUAAAACGUGUAAUUGACGGUUGUAAGCAAUAGCGCCGAACCAGGGGUACAGGUCGAGCGACCGUUCGACUAAACGUGUUGCUGGUGGGUGAAAACUAUGCAUAUAAUAUGAAUAGUAUUUGUAUAAAAUAUAACGGUAAAAUAUAGUGCUAUGAGUAAUCCUAAUAUAUUACGCUCAGAGAAGACCAGUAUAAUACAGUAUUUCUUCGAUUGCUCGAGUAUUAUUAAACUAAUUAGGCGCCCACUAAUUGUAAGGAUCGUAUAAAGAAGACUGUUUAGUUUUUAAUUUGCUUAGUAAAAGUACUUAAAUAUUUAAUACGAGUUAGGCACAGUGUAUUCAUUUUUGUAUAAAGUUUAUGUAUUAAAUUCUGAGUAGAAUAAUUAUCAAGAUAUGUUUAAUAAUUAUUGUUUCUAAAUUAAUUACCGUUUCUUAAAUAAAGUCAAAUGUCAGUUAAAUUAUUUGUCGGGAAAUUCUUCUUUUCUUUUUCUUUCCCUUCGCCUUCUUCGGAUCUUAGUCAUCUUCGUGCCAUUUUCGAUUUCAUCUAACCGCCUCUUUUUAGGUUUUUCUUUUCCUUUAUUUUACCCUAGGUUUAUUUUUGAUGCUAAUCUUUUUGCUUCCAAGUUCGCUGUCCUUACAAUACACCCAAACCAUCUCAGUUUAUAUUAUUUUUUCUACUACUAUCUUCUCUCGUCACUCCACUCAUCCACUUAAGCAUUCUUAUCCCUGCUAUACUCAUUCUGUGUUCUUUUUGUCGAUCAUUACACACUCUUGUAGAACUUACCUUUAAUUUUCAUUAGAACUAUCUCGUCAUAAUUUGUUAGGGAAACUUAGGUCUAAAUUCUACUUAUCGAGCAAUAUAUACUUGAGUGUACAAUAUUUCAUCUAUAAGUAGACAGAUUGGUAUUACACGCGUACAUGUAUUAUGCAUGAUCAUCUAUUAAUAUAAUAAUUAAAACCAAUCCACGGUAUUUAGAACAAAUAAAUGAAUAAAUAAGUUAUUUUAACACAAUUGAUGAAAUAAUUAUAAUAUAUUAUAGGUGUCUAUCGUAAUUAUGUAUAUUGUAUGCAUUUAUUGUUGUACAAGUUAUUUGUUGAACCUGUAACAUGCUGUUUUAACAGUAAUAAUUAUUUAUCAACAAUAAAACAAUAACAAUCGCGUAUAAUAAAUUACGAUAAUUUUCAUUAAUAUUGUUUUCCGAAUAGAUUUAUUAAGCUCUUUUGUAUGAUUAACGUUAAGACAUUUUGAUAUAUUUUAUGAAAAGAAAUCAAUUUUAAUCAACCUCAGGAUUAAUUUUAAAAAUUAUUUAUGUCAUAAGUACUCGGAUGACAAAAUGUUAUUUUAUAUUAUACGUAAUUAAUAUUCUUUAUAUCUUCGACUUAACCGAACUUCUUCUUAAUUUUAUUCUGUAACUUUCUUCAUAAUAUUAUACAAUAACAAUAUUCCUUAAAACUAUGUACUCGUAUAUUACGCACUAAGUAUAUUAUAAACUUCAAAGAAAUAUACUACUUUCAUAAUAUAGGAUUAAUUUUAUACCUAUUUUAAUUUAAAUAUUAUUAUUAAUUAUUAAAAGUAUAGGUAUUUUAAACACGCAUUUGAAUAUAUAUUUUAGAUUCUGACUGUAGCGACGAAGGGUAUGCUUUUACAAAGAUGUUUUAUUUAUUCAUUUGCUUUAUAUGUGCUCAACUUUUCUGCAGGAAAUUUUACUAUGAUUUACAAUGAUAACACAUUUUAUAAAAGGAAAUUUGACUGGGGAGGUACUUUAGGUAAGUCACAUUUCAAUUUUCCCAAGCGUUUUUUUAGCAAAUGUGAAAAACUGGGGAAAACGUAGGAACAACGGGAACAUCGGUACAACAUUAAACAAAUAUUAUUAAAGGAAAUAUAAUUUAAUUAUUUUACUACAAUAUAACAUAUACAUUGUUGACAAAGCAUAAUUAUCAAAUGUACUCCGGUCAGAAUCGUUUUUCGUUAUCAAUGGUUUAUUGACUUAUCGUUGCUUACAGGUAUACAUUAAAAUACAAUUAUCCCGGGGCAGCUUUUUUAAAUAUAUAUCCAUGUGCUUUUUUAACAUUCGCAUAAUUUUUUAAAUUAUUUUAACCUUGUCAUUUUUAUAGUUGAAAUACGCAGAAGUGUCACUAUUAUGAUGGUUGAUGUGAUUACUACAAGGUGUUUUAUUAAAUGCAUAAAAUUCAUUAUGUUAAAAUUAGUUCAUUCGUAAGUCGACGUAGUACACGAGUAAUAACUAAGAUUAUGGUAAACAAGUUGAAUCGUUUUUUUGGUCAUUUUUUAAAAGCAUACAAUUCGACUCCACUAUUUUUUAUACCUUUAAAAUGUAGAUCCUUACGGUCUCUCUCUCUCUCUUUUGCAAUCGAUCCUCAGAAUGGUUUUUAGCUUCACUUCAUCCGUAAUUGUCUUUCGGUUUUUCUACGUACCUCUUCCCUUAAAGUCUCAUCCCUGAUAUGUGUAAUAAAUUUCCACAGACUUCAGCAAAUUUACUGAUUUCGUCUUCUUAUCAAAUUUAUCAAUUUCUAGUUUUUCUUUGACUAUUCUAUUUAGCAUUUUUGCAUUUGUUUUUUUUCGGUCCUGCUCGUUCUUAACGUUUCUCUGUAGCACCAAUUUUCAUAAACGCCUUUUUUGGGAAGAGGGGAGGGGUAAGAAGGUGGUCAUUUAUAUAUAUAUAUAUAUGUUUUUUUUAUUUACAACAUUUUCCUUCCCAUUCAUGUCAAAAAGUUAGGACUGCGUACACUUUUAUUGAUUAAUAGGUACAGUAGGUAUAGAUGUAUUUCUUAAAAAUGUUUAUUUCUUUUUUAAAAAAUUAUUAAUUAUAAAUUACCACAACUGUUAUUAUCUGCUUAUCUCAAAAAUCGCCAAUGACAGCAACUUGUAUGUAGCCUUAUCAUUAUACAAGUUUGUAUAUUUUCUAUAAAACGAAUUGUAUCCUAAAUUAAUCAAGUUAUUAACUUAUACAAAGAACGUGUUUAAAAUGUUUAACAACUCAAAUCUUUUUAGAAAUUUAAUACGACAUAACAAAAUAUAACACGCAUGGUAAUAAUUAUUAUUUUAAAAACUAUCGAUUUUGAUCUUGACUGGAAUUUUUUAGAUGAAAUAGUAAAUAUAAUAGACCCUUGGGAAAAAAACAGUAAAAAAAAAAAUUAUGUAAAAUUUUGUUGAAUAAUGCAUUGUAUGUACGAAUUUCAUAUUAUUUUCGAGAAUAUGUUCUGCAAAUUAUUACCUUGACUCUCCCGUGGGAUCAUUGACGUUUUACUUCUCGUCAUCCUUGUACUAAACUAAUAAUGAUAAACGAUAAUGUUCUACAUCGUAUAGAGUGUAUAUUUAAAUUUUAUAUUAUGUACACUACUUACGGUAUGAAUAAUUCGCGAACCCUAAAUUACCCUAUGUUUUCAUGUAAAUAUUUUAAUAUAUAUCGAUAACAUAAGAUACUAAUCGGAGUGAUAAACGCAUUGGUUUUAUUAUAUAACGUAUAUUUCUGCAUUUUUGCUAGAUUAGAACCUAAUUUAUAUAGUAAAACCUAACUCCUUCACAGGAGUUUAUUGUAUAAUUUUCGGUCUAGUUGGUGUGCAUUUGAAAAGUAAUUUUUUCGAAAGUUCUUAAUUUAAACCAUUUAAGGCUCUUAUACUGGUUCAAAAAAAAAAACAAAAAAAAUACAUAGUUGUACUAUAAAAAUUUGGGAAAAAAUUAUUAAAAUUCACGUUACAUUGUAAACUAAUUAUAACUUUUUUUAAAACUUCAUACUUAUUUUAAAUUUAAAUUUAGCAUUUUUUACCCGGGCUCUGUCUAGAAGAAACGUUAUUUUUUGUUUGUAAUGAUUUAUUAUUGAAUAUUUUUUUAAUAUAAGAGACUUUUUCUUAUAACAAAAAUAUUUAAUAAUCCAUUCGGCAUUGAUGUUAUUAUUAUGCAGAAUAAUAUACUGAAUUAAAUAACGCGUUUAAUUAUUAUUAUAAUACUGCAUUAUUGCAGUAAAAUGUUCAUCAUUAUUAUUAAUACUGAAUCCACUAAAAAUAAAAAAUUGUCGAGAUUCUAUUGUAUGCAAAAAAAAGAGCAAAAUAUCAUGAAAUCCCGAACAAUGAACAAUAUGACGAUGGUAUUACCGUCCCAUCCUGAGCGGAAAAUAAUAAUUGUUUCCGGCGAAUGUAAUAUAUUUUCAAAUACGAAGGUAUUCAAUGUAUAGGUACGAAGCCAACAAUAGAAAUAAACAUUUUUUUCUUUUGUACAUGAAAUCGAGCGCGCACACAUUUUAAACACACGAAAAACCCAUAUUAUAGUAAUAUUAUAUAAUAUGCUAAAAUUCCAUAGAAUAAGCUCGUAACUAACUAUACCAGUACAUGGUCGUUAAAAUCGCAAGAGACCUGCGGUGAAAUCUGCCAUAAAAUAAUUUUUUUUUUUUUUUUCAAAUAGCAACUCGUGUAAAAACUUUGAAUAUGAUUAAUCGCUACGUUCAGAUAAAAAUUUAAUUACUCUUUGUAUCCUAUAAAGAUGGCUUAAAGGCCAAAUAUGACAUAGGUAUCACAAAAUGUUGAAUUGUUCAGGAGAACCAUUCAAAGUUUUCGAAUUUUUCAAAUCCCUAUAGUUUUAUUUCAAAUUUAAUUUUUAACUUAUGCGUAAAGUCAAUAUGGUGUUGGACUUACCGUGAAAUUUGUUUGUUUUAUAUCUUUCAGGUCGGGUUGUGAACAUACAAGUAUUUUAGGGACAUUUUAUUUAAUAUUAAACUAUAAGUAAAUGUAGUUGUACCGUAAAUUAACAAUUUAUUACAAUUUUCCAAAAUUGUAUUUAUCAGUUUUGUCAAAUAUUCAAAUAAUUUAUGUCCGUUGUAUGUUUUACACGUUUUAUUUGUUCACUAAAAAUUACACCAAUUAGAAUAUUUUUUUGUGACAAUGUCUUUGAAAUUAGUAUUCGUGUACAUUAAAAAAUAAUACUACCAGCUCGUAAAAUGCCAAAUAUUAAUACUAUGUAACACAGCUCUAAUACGUUUGAGAAAGAUUUUGCCUGAUACACGUAUUAGGCAGAAUCGUAAAGAGGGUUGAGUUUUUUUGAUUGACUAUUAAAUAUAGCCGAUUUUUUGAAAAUUCUACAAAUUAUAUUCGGCAUUUAAGCUAUCGAUAUCUUUUCAUCUUCCCACCUACAACAGUGAAACACCGAUAAAAUGUAUAAACUCAUUUUAUUUAACUCUACAACGAAUUUAAUGCACCCGAAAAAAAUCAUAGUCAAAUAUAUUACAACAUUGUAUAGAUUUCAUACAAUAAGUUUGUCUGUAUGUUGUUAGUCCAUCGUAGAGUGUUUGUUAACCGAAAAUAUCGGUUUUGAAAGGAAACAACCGUUAUCUUUAAUAUCGGACCGUAAUAAUAAUAAUGAUAAUAGGAAAAUAACUUACGCUGAUCAAAUUUUCAAAUUAUGUACAUCUCGAAUGUCGUCGCUGACAUUGAGAUAAUGACAAUCAAACGACAGUAAUAUCACUCAAGUAUUUAUUACGAAUAUUCCAUUUCUGCGAGUGAGUACGAGAUUUCAAUGAAUUUUACAGCGGAAACAUUAGGUCGUGAUCCGCGGUAGACACAUGAUUAGCAAAACAAAUUACCAAUGAACAGCAGAGUUCCGUCACUAGAGUCAAAAUUUCUCCCGGAGGACUUGACACUAUUGCAGUAUUUAAUUUUUAAUUUGUAGAUUUGAUCUAAAACUGUUACGGAAGCCUGAUUGAUAUGUUCCAUUUAACCUGUAGAGAUAUUUAAAACCCAAUAUUUCCUUUGAAAUCGUGAAAUUUAAGCAUACAAAUGAUUGGCGAGGGGUUUGAAAAUUGAAACUCUUAAAUGGCACAUUAUUAAUAUUUACACUAUGCAUUUACAAAAAUAUAAUACCAUUGUAUUAAUUUGGGGAGCCUGUAAAGGUGUUCAAAAUCAGAAAACACCUUCUCACAACAACAUUUGAUAUUGGUUUGAUUGAUGUGAUUUUAUAUUGGAAUACAACAAGAAUUGUAUUUUAUUCAGAUGAUGCCUCGGAAAGUGUCGAAAAGUAAGCAAGAAAAAGAUACAUGUAUUUACAGACAUAUAAGAGUGCAAUAGUCUCUUUCCUGGGAAAAUUUGUAGAAUAUCUAAAAUACGGUGAUUAACAUAUUGUUUGAUAACGAACGGUUUUUUUUAUCAAGGUUUUUACCUACCAGCACUAGCUGUUACUGGAAAUGGAUCAAUUUCGCAUCUUUUAUUUUACCCAGAUAUCCAGUUAUGCAGUAACUCAGAGCAAAUUAUCUUGAGACCUUAUCUGAGAUAAAUAAUUAAUUGCAUCGAUCUCACAACCGUUUUUGAAACCUAGAUGUGUAUCAUAUUGGUACACGGUACACAUCUGGCUCAUGAUAAAUACUGAAAAAUUUGGUUUUUUAUUAUCCAGAUAUAAAAUAGCUGAUUAUUAUUUAUCGCUUUAUCUGUAAUCUAGAUAAUUAAAUGUUUUUAUGUAGGGUGCGUUUAUCUUCGUCUUGAUAAUAUAGUUCUAGCAAUUUGGCAAUACUGUCUCUUGACUCAAUCUAGAUAUUUUAAAAUGUAUUAUCAUAAAUACAUGGUACAUAGUACGUGAAUUUGGCACCAAGACGACCCCGUUUGAUCGAUAGAAAAAUACAAAUUAUAAACACAUUUUCGUACGGUGACAAUGUGAUAUUACCAAACGUUGGGCGCUUUGCGGUAUACCUGUAUAUAGUAGAUCGUGGAAGGUAAAAAUAAAAAGUAGCCGAUUCGAUUCACGUGAAAAAGGAGACGAGGUUCGAUUCUCGCUAUUAUUAGUAGGUACCAAUAACACUGUAUAUUGUACCUACAUAUCUAUACUUGCGCAGUACAGAAAACGUGACGGUUUUGCGUUAUUUUCGUUUUUCCAAUAUAUAUUAUAUGUAUACAUUCGAAAACGAAUAUUAUAGAGAGAUAAAGAACAGUUUUUACGGACAUCAUAAACAGAACAAAGUCAGACAAACCAAUUUCCGUUGUUUCCAGUGCCGAUACGCGCCCUGCGAUCAUUUUGACGAUAUACAUAAUCCCGAUUCCCGAAAUAUAAAGCCAGCCGUUGCAUCGCCGAAUUUUUCAACCGGAAACGGUAUCGAGUUUCGUUUUAAUACCGAAGACGUGCUAUCGUCUCAAUGUAUCUUUUUUUGGUGUAGGAGGAGUAGAUAGAAGAGGUGGAAUAAUAAUAAUAAAUAUACGUUUUUGUAUAAUCGAAAACGCGGCCGACUGUUUUUGCCGGUAUUAUAUUGUACAUAAAAAAAAAAAAAAUAUGUAUCUAUACAGCCAUAUAAGUAUAUUAAAAAACAAUAUUUUACAAAAAAGAUAUUGUAUUCCUGUUUGAAGUUUAAAAUGUAUAUAAUAUACGGUCUAAUUAGAUUAAAAAUCGCGAUAUCCUCAAAAACGUUUGCUUAUAAAACGCCCGGUUAUUUUUCUAUAAUUACGAAGCGCUAUCGUUGGCGAUGUGCAUCUACACCGUGUUUUAGUCAAACGAUGACGUAAAAUAUUUUGACCGGAGGGUUCAGAUUAAAGAGAUUGUGGUGAUUUUUUUUUUUUUUUUCAUUUUAUAUCGGAGAUCGGAGGUACCAUAAUACACUUGAACGAGUCUUUUUUUGUAAAUGCAAUCCUACAUGCAUGCGUAAUAUAAUAUUAAUUUCCCCAAAAGAAAACGUCUGUUUUUAAUAAACCCGAUUCUCAUAGUCCUAUCAUUUUUUUUUUAAAUAUACUUUACUAAAACGAUUUUUAAACUAAAACUACCCGGUACAACAUAUAUUUUUCAAGAUUCUACAAAAAUAAUUUUAAUAGUCAAAAGAUCCCAUAACUUUUGUUUUUCUGUUGGGAGAAGAUUGAGAGUAAUAACGAUCAUAAAAAAAAUUACACAAACAUAUUAUUACGUCAUUCGGGUAUGCGUAUCAUUAAAAAAAAAAAAAAAAAACGAUAAAUAAAUCGUGGCAGCUGUAUCCGGGGCGAUUUUCGUGACAAAAAAAAAAAAUUAUUGUAUUGGCUAAAAAUAAAACAUUAUUAAUCAAAAGUAUUUGUUUCCGUUUAUGAAAAUGUAAAUUUUAUCGGGCGCGCUAUCGUAAAUAUUACGGCUUUUAAAAACAAGUAUAACCGAACUAUGCUCAGAAUAGUUUUUCAUUAACAAUGAUUUAUUGUUACGUACAGACAUAAAUCCAAUUCCCUCCAACAUUCCUAACAUUACAUUUAAAACCUGGGUCCGCUCAUCUUUGACGCCAAUUUGAUACCGACCCACUACCGGCCUACCUAAACAACCAACAACCCACCCACCAUCAAUUUCAAUCAAGCUCCAUACGAGCUGAAAUAUUUCGCGUUACCGUUUUUGAAUGAAACGAACUGAUGCCUGUUAAAAUAAUAUUGCAAUAUAUCGUUCGUGUUUACCUGCUACGCAUGACAAUAUUAUUAUGUUUACAUAGGGUAAGCUCGUAACGCAAACACGAACCAUAAAUAAAGUUAAUAAUUCGUAUUGUAUUGAUUUAUAGCAAUAAUAAUUAUAAUUUGAUAGCGUAGAUUAUAUAUUAUAUGUAUAGACCGAGAGUAAGCUGACAUUGUUAAUUUGUCUGUCAUUUUAAUUUCAUUUUUUUGAUUCUGAGCGAAGCGAGAACUGUAUUGGUUUGACUGUGAUGUUUUUUUUUUUUUGUUCAAAUAACUUACUCCGGUCGAAAAUUCUAUAGAAACUCUCUUGUGUUGCAUUUUAUGACCCGGUCGGCGCAUUGAGGAGAAAUUAUAUUUUCUCGUAUUUUUCUUAUUAAACAGUAAACACCGUCAAUUUGUUAUAUGUUAUGAUUUUUGUCGAUUUCCGGGCCACCUAGGCAAUAAUAAGGAAAUAAAUUCGACUAAUGGUACACGGCACAGAAUUGAGUUUUUCGUUUCGUUAGCAACGAAACGUUUGUAUUGCUCCGUACACAGAAUCCCUUCCGACUUCCCUAUACUAAAAUAAUAGUUCAUCCGUUCCCAGUAUCAGCUCUCUUUUUUUUCUUUUUUUUUUUGAUUUUAUGAAACAAACACUUACGAUCUACGAUACGCAUGCGUAUUUUUGCCAAUCGGUCGAAAAUACAUUUUGCGUAAUUUCGCAUUCAUGAUAUUUUAAUAAAUAUAAUAAAUUUAAUAAAACAUCAAUUAAAAUAAUUCUCGAUUACCGUGCAGAUUCUAUAUUAUUAUAAUAUAUAUAUACACACAUAAUUAAAUGCAGUUUUAGCAUAAUAUUAUUAUCCGUAGACAGCGAAAUACUGAAUAUUUCAGCGCGAAAUACCGACUGCAGAAUUAUUCAUUAAUUCUUUUUUUUAUUUUUUAUUUAUUCUCCCUGAAGCAUAGGUAUUUCGUACUGCAGUCUGCGGGGGACAUCAUGUGUAGGCGCAUUCGUUUUAAUAACAUACGAGUGUACACGAUUUAUAUUACACAUGGUAUAUAUACGAUUACAAUACCUAUUAAACGUAAUUUGUUCUACAUAAAAUUAGUGUAUGUACGAACGCACGAGCGCAGUUUUGUUUAAACCUCAACGAAUUUAUAAUUAAUUUCAAAACACGAAAAAUCAGUAGCGCCCUUCUCGAAAUUUGAUCACGCAUGCUAACCAAUUUCCAGAUAUUAUAUUUUAAAUAUUAUAAUAUUAUGCGAUAUUUUUGUUUGAAGUGUAAAGCCCGGUACUCGGGGUCAAAUAUUUUCAUUAUAAAUAUUUGACUCGGGUGCCUAUAUGAAAUUUCGAAUAUUUGCGUGAAAAACGGUUCAAACCGUAAAAAAUAUUAUACGACGUAUAUGUCAAAACAUCCAUAAUUAUUUAGAGCUCGUAUGGCGAUUAUGGUCAAAUUUAACAGCUGCUUGAAUCGCCUCAAUUUAAAUCAUCUAACCGAGUCUACACAAAAUCAGUAGCAAAACGAACCAGGUUUUUUUUCAUUUAUUGUGAAAACAGCUGAGAAAAUCGAAUGAUGUUCACUUUAAAGUACAACCCCAACCAGGUUUUCUUUCAGAAAAUGUGCUAUGGUUGUAAAUCGGAGCAAAAUUUCCAGUUAUUUCCAAAGUUAUACAGAACAAAAAAUAUGAAUUUUAUAAAACUAAUACAUUCCUCGAUCCACUCACAAUCUAAAAUGUUUAAAUUGUAAUGAUCAGAGUGCCAUAGCCUGCAAAAGAGAGAGCCCAGAGAUCAUAACUUCUCUUAAAUCACCGUAACGUUUAUAUUUUUUUAUCAUAACCAUUUCAUGGUUAUGCUACUUUAUUCUUUAUGAAGUAUGUUGUGUACCUAAUUUUUAGAUACUAAGGCGUUAGGAGGAAUGUAUUGGUUUUAAUAUGGUUGUAUGUUUUUAUAAUAUUUUUUAAAAAUCAAUACAAUUUGCAGUACACGAUUAACCGAAUAUUCACUUUGAAUAGUUUUUCGUUUAUACUUCAUGAUUUAUUAUCGUUGCGUAAAUAUUAAUAAAUUAAGUAAAAAUUCGUAGAUUAAAUUUUUUUUAUGUAAUAUUUAUCUGAUCUUCCCAACUUCCCAUCAAUAAACAUAAUCUAUAAUAUAUCCUACACGAGGAGUAUAUAUCAAGUGCGAUGUACAAACAACCCGAAAGGUUCUAAAUCGAAUUCUAUUUCUAAAUUUUGCCUACUACAUAAUCAUCAUAGUGAUAAUUGUUUUCCACUAAUCUACUGAUCGCAACCUGUUUAAGGGAAAUGGAUACGGCCAUUAACGACCGCAAAAUCAGAUAUAAAUAGACAGAGAUUGGGUUCGAUUUUAGUUUUAAAAGCUGAUUUUUAAAACUGGUGUCUGAUGGGCUACGACUUUAUAAGUGAUUUUUAAUACUUUUUAAUAUUUUAUGUUUUAUAUUUUAAAAUUAAAAUCCGUCACAUCCAAACUUUAUACAGUUUCACACACGUUACAAUGUCCUUACACAAUAUCAAUUUAGGCAGGUAUUAUUGUUUUCUAUGUACAUCAAUGUGGAAUAUCACGUUCGGCCGUUCGAAAAAUAUUUUAAAAGCAUAGCGAGGCAGAACCGCUGUUGCCCCGGCAAAAUCGAAAUGCGUUUUCAAAUAUCGCCAUAAUUAUCAUAUUUGUGUCCGACCAGAAUACUUAUCCUGUAAAAUUGCCGCACGGAACUUUUCGAACACGCGUAUAUAACCGUCGCAUGUUUCGAGCGAAAAAAACCACACAUCAUUAUAAAAUAACUAUAAAAUUAUCAUUAUAAUAUAUAGUUCUCCGCCGAUCCGCCUCGGAAUUCGAAAAAAUAAAGACACUCUAUACACAUAUAUUACACAUGCAGUCACUGUGGAUUUUACACGUAUCUUAAACAUAAUUAUAAUUAUUAAACGCGGGGAAGAAUUUACAAUAUUCGCACAGGAGUAGUUUGUUUAUAAUUAUAAUUAAUGGCGACCGUCAAAUUGUAUACGCACGACAAAAUCCUCUUAUCCCCCCCCCUCAUUUCCCGACUACUGCGUAUGUUAGAGACAUAUUUGUUUAAUUAUAACACGAACACACGCGUUUUAUACUAUUUUACUUAUAAUAACGAUCUAAGUGAACUACGAAAAAAAAUGUUAAUUAUAAAAAAAAAAAAGGUUUGGAUUAUUAAAAAAACAAACGAAAAAAUAAUAUUAAUAAAAUAUGUACCAACGGGUCUAAAUUCGAUGUGUAUACAUUGUGAACAAUAAUGAUUUUAAGCGUGAAUAUCUCGCAGACUCGAAAUAUUAAAUUAAAUAAUAUUUUUAAUAAUAUUAUUUUCAUCUCGCAUAAAUAACAAAACCUAUAAAUUUCUUCGCUUAAAACUGUUACCGGAGUCCCAUAAAAAUGCACAUAACACGAACGAAACGUAAUAUCUUAACAAGAAUAAUAAUAAUUGUAAUUUAUAACAAAGCAUAUUAUUAACAUUAAUAUCGGUUUAUACACGCUUCUGUAGGUGCGCGACAAAGCAAUGAUUAUUUUACUACGAUUUAACUGUGAUACAAAAACAUGUUAGAAGCAAUAGCGCAAUAGACAAUUGAUACAGAGAGGAAAAACAUUUAAAACAUUCAAAUGAUAAUCAAAAGAAAGGAAACACUACCAAGUUUAAUCGUCCGAAAAUAUUGAUCGAAAUUAAUGUAUUAUAUGCACUACAUUCAAUGCAAUUUGUCCAGAUUACUAAUUUAUUUCAUUUUGUGGCGAAUAAAACAUUUGAAAAAUUAAAAAAUAAAGUACAUUACUUAUUGUUUUUUUUUUUUCUUUGUACAAAGCUUUGGAUUUUGACCAAUAUUUUCUAACGAACUUCCGAAAAUGUAUAACAACCCCGUGAUGAAUAUUACUUCGGAUAAGUUUUAUGAACUUUACUUUUGACGUUGUGGUGUCAGUCACUGUAAUAAAACAUUUGAAAAAUUAAAAAAUAAAGUACAGUACUUAUUGUUUUUUUUUUUUUUUAAUCUAAAAUCUCGAUUGUCAUGGCUAUUUUGCACCGAUAAACGGGUUCACGGGACGCAGCUGUAAAUAUUUCAUUAAUAAUAUUGAUAUGAAACCUGUAUGAACCAUUUGAUGCAGAAAAGAACAUUAUAAUACAUAUUUUAAACAUUUUCGAGAAAGAAAAAAUUAUAUCUCUGAAAGAACUCAAAAAACAAAUUCUAUAUUAAAUGUUUAUGCCUAAUGAGUAAUUGUAUAGUAUUAGAUACCGUCUAUAAGUUUCUACUCUGAUUUUAUGUACUUUUAUCUAGAUACUUGAAACUUGAUAAUAUCACUUAUAUUGGACUAACCUAUUUUCCAAAAUAAUCGGACGACUUUUUUUCCUUUUUUAAUUUUUUACAAUGGUUAAUGGUUUUUUUUUUAUGCUGUAGAUCACUUUUAUCCUAGAACACUUGCUCCGAUCUUUAAGUGUAGUACCUUUUCUGAAAUUCAAUUUUAUCUACUUGGUAAAACGAUUAACUGGAAAAAAUUUACGAUUUUUUUCACGAUUUCGUUAUUUUAAAUAAGUACCUACUACGUACUAUAACACAAAUAUUGCUCCAAUCGAAACACGACUAGAGACCAUAUUUUUGUUUAAUUUUUUUGUUUAUAAGCGUUUUUAAAUCAAAAUUAAACGAAAAUUGCGAACAAAAAUACGGCACUUCAAAUUAUAUAUUAUCGAAUUGCGCUCGGAUUGUCUUACGUCAGCAAUGGUUUAUCGUUGCUAAGAGAUAUAAAUGAAAUAACCUUAUGUAUCCUACCUUCCCAACUUCUCACCUACAACAGUGGUUGCAAAAGUCCAGUAUCAAGAUAUCAGUAUUUUAGUGUUUUUUCCCCUAUGACAAUGCAAUAUCUAUUUUUAAAAAGUCUUACGUAUGUGGAACAGUAAUUUAAUAGCUCCUAAUGCAGAUCUCGCUGAUCGUGAGCCCAUGACGACGACAAUCGUGGUUCCCGUCACCUCUUAUGACGGUUUAGGUGCGUAUAAGGGCAAACGGAUAAUACGCAUACUGCUACACACUGGUAUAAAUAAAAACACUUCCUAAAAGGCCUGGAAAACAAACAAAAUUGAGUGAUAAGCCGCUUUGAAUCCGACUGCAAACAACCGGUGAUGGCUGAGAGACGGUGGAGAGCGGUGGCUUGCCCUUUUGCCUGGCGGAUUAGCGGCUCUCGGACCGAUAUUCUGUGUGUGUACUGUGUGUAAACACAUUACAUAUACGUGUACGUUUUCAUUUGGACGAAAACUCCUCAAAAAUAAAUGCGUAUUAUCGUACUUAAACUCGUAUGUGUUUUUUUUCUUUCUGUAUGUAUAGGACGUCUGGCCGCGUAUUUGUGUGUAUUUGUCACCCGGUCAACGACUUUUUAAAUCUUUUUUUUUUUUUUAUUCGGGUAGUUUUUAUUAUUAUUAUUAUUAUUUUUGUUUUUUUCAUUUCAAGUUGCCCGCCUUUUAUUAUACGUAAACUAUGUAUAGUAAGUUAAUAAACUUUAAUAAAAAAGAAUCGAAUAUUUUAUGACAAUGACACCGUGAUUUUUUAAUUAGGUUUUCAAAAUGCAACCUUGUAGGAAGAAUGCGUCUACAUCUAUGCCGCACAAACGCGAAAUUUUCAAUCUCUAUAAUAUUUGCCAAUAAUGUUUGCUGCGGUUUAAAAUUAACUGUUCUUCUUUAAGUACUUCUCGAUAAAAAGUAGAUUAUUAUAAUUCGUCUUUAUUCUAAAUCAAUACAAUACAAAUUUAAUGUCUCUUUUCCAUAAUAAAAAAAAUCGUGUUUUAGAAACUCGCUGUAAUAUCGCCCGUGGUCACACGACAAAAUUAUAAUUUGUCGGGUUCAUAAAUAACUGUACAUCAAAUCGUAUUUAGAAAUAGUUAUUCUCGUACCAACCGCCAUACAUUUGACUCGAUAUGAAAAUUGAAUUACGGUUGUUUGGCAAUAGUAUUUUCCAACUAAGUUUAGAUUCUGAGCAAAGUGAGCAGCGCAGGCCUAUCCAUGAUGCGAAGUAUUUUCGAUUUUUUCGUUUCUUUUUUUUUUAAUAUUAUUAGCUUAGUGAUGGGUAAUCCAAAAAACGUGCGUUUUAGUUUGUAUUAAAAUGGUGAAAAAGCUAAAAACACACACCUGCAUAUUUACAGCCGCAAUUAAUUUCAUUAAUAAUUCUACCAACGUAAAAACUAGAAAAAUGUUGGCAUAAAAAUCCCGAGUUUGCAGGUGGCACAGAUUUACUCUUGGCAGGCCAUUUGGAUAGUAUAAUACACGUAGGUAUAUAAUAUGCGACAACCUUGACUGAUAGGAUUAAACGAGACACAGAGGUAGAUUAAAACAAUUUCUCGUUUUUUUUUUUUUUUAUAAAUAUUAUAUUAUAUUUUAAUAUUACAUCUAUUCGUUUUAAUUUUAAAGUUUUCAAAUAAAUAGUAAACACCUACCUACUAUGAGAAAACGGUUUAAUAUAACUGAAAUUUAUACAUUUUGAGAAGCAGGACUUUUAAAUCGAUCAAUUACGAGACGAUCGCUGUAAUAUCAUACAACUUUAUGAAACAUCAUUGUGUCUCGGAAUGAAAUUUGUCUCUGCAGCUGCCUACUAAUCAGCUAUCUGUUUGUUGUCUACCACACCCAGAAAUAGUACAUUUUUAUUUAUUCCGUCCGAACCUCUAGGAUGUCUUCUUAGUUUGGUUAUAGGUUUCCAUCUCGUUUAUUGCCUAUGCUCAACACAUAUACAUAGAUCUAUCCAGAGCCGGGUCUAGACAAAAUUUAUUCAUAGGCAAAAUCCAAAUUUUCCGCCCUCUCGUUUUAUAUCUCUCUAUUCACCAGUUAACCAUAUCAUACAAUAAUAAUGUUGUUUGAAAAAGUUAAAAUUAAUCGUUUAAUUAUUAAAGUUCAACUUAAGUGUAUAAUAUCAUGAAGACAUAUAACCCACGUAUUAUUUAUAGACAGUGAACAGUGAAUACUCGUUUAUUAUUAAAAAUUAUGAGAUCGAAUAACUUUAAUAAUAGACUUUCAACUUUUGAAAAAAAUAUUACCAACUAAUAAGCACUACACACGCUAACAUACCUAAUGUAGCAAUUAUAAACCGCACAAUUUAUUAAUAUCCUAUAACCAUAAAGGUACAAUUUUACGAAAAUACACACACAAUACGUGCUAUACCGCGAGUACCCAUCAGUUUUCGGCCUGUACAAAAAUUGCACGGGGCAACGGCACUUUUGAACCGCGAAUCCCCUUAUUCUCUCCUCGUUCUACGCGUGAAUUUCCCAUCCUAGCUCCUUUCUUUUUAUCUGGUUCACAACGUCUGCUCGUUGAAACAACUCGUUUAGCCCAUUAUAAUUAUAUUAACAGUGCGAUUAUUUUCAAUAGCACACCGAUAUACGUAGCAAUUGAUAAUAAUACGAUGAUUAAAUAAAGUUAAUAAGUAUAGGUUAGGCGUAUCCCGUAUUAUUUACACCAACUCGGCCGGCCACAUUAAACGCCGAGAGUAUUUCGUCAAUUAAAUUAUCUCGGGGAACAGUCGAAAACCCAUCGUCCCGAGGGUCUUUACACAAAUAGAGAGCUCCGAACUGUGUGUGUGUGUGUGUGUGUGUGUAUGUAUAUACACCGUGGAGUCAGUAGUACUAUCAUUACUUAACGACCUAGCAAUUAAUUGCUAGUUAGUAUUUAGCGUGUAUACAGUUGCACGGCCGACCGGCUAUUUCCAUCGUGAAUGUACCUAGAGUACUUCGGCCGUACUUAUACACGCUUAAACCACGAUUCUGUGACGGCAUAAUAAUAUUAUGAUUUACAAUAAUAAGUAUACGAAUACGGGGUGAUUAAUCAAUCAUAAGACAUUCAUUAUUUCGAAAAAAUGUUUAAUUUUUUUCGAAAUUUUUUAAAGAACAUUGAAAAAACAACAGCUGUUCUAUAAUUUAAAAUUUUCAUUUUUUUUUUUUUUUUUUUUUGUUACCCUAAUUUUCGGGGGUGAAACGAUUAUUAAAAAUGUCAUAAAUUGAUGGAGUAUUAGUUAAAAUAAUGCCAUUUGAAAAUCGAAAGUGUAUAGUCAUUUCACCCUUAAAAAUUAGAGUGACGAAAAAACCGGAAAUUUAAAAUAAAAAAGCUAUUUGUUUCUAAAACUUUCUAGAAAGCAAACGUCAAAAAAAGUUAAUACUUUCCGAGAUAAUGAGUGUCUCAUGUGAGAUUGAUCAUUCUGUAUACCGGGCGAAAUGAACCAUCGAUGGCGACGGGGAUUAGUCUGAUUAUCCACGAACUAAAUGUAAUUUGAAAUUGUAUUACGCGGCAAUAAUAAUUUGGAAACUCGUAAACUUGCAGUGGCGUAGUUAUGAGGGGAUGGGAAGAAUGAAAACUCUUUUAGAGCUGUUUUUAAAAGUUUUACAAUGUAUCUCGAAGUAUAUUAUCUAUUUGUAAAUGUAUUUGCAAUAAUAGUAUUAAUGGCGGUCACAAGUCGUUUACUCAAAAGUGAUAGAACCAUAACGAAGAAAUUGAUAAAUAAUCGAAAAAACAUCAAAUAUUAUAAUUAUUAUAAUUACUGGUUUUACGCAUUUUUUUUUAUUAAUUAUUGUAUUUAAAAAAUAAAUCAAAAUCAAAAUAAAGUGCAAUUACAGGGAAAAAAUGUAUAUCUUUCGAGGUCUGAUAUGAAACAAAUCGAAUCAUUUUUAUUAUAUCCGAACAAGUGUUCUCAAAAAAAAAAAAAAAAAAAAAAACGAAUAGCUUCUUCGCCUUUACUCAGAACGUAAAAUAUAAAUCCGUUUGUGGCAGGAGUGACAUAUAUAUCGUUUCAUAUAAUAUUAUACAAAAUAUGGUCCGCUGAUUGUCCCCUUUGAGUUUGUACAUUUUCAUUUGCACCGCACUAUAUUGCGUACCUACGAGCGAGUACAACUACCCGAUCACAUAAUACAAUUUAUUGUAAUAGAACGAUUAAAUUCGAUUAUAUUAUUUCGGAAAAACUAAUCAAUUUAUAUACCUAUAUAUAGUUUCUAAAUAGAUACAAUAUAUUAUCAUAUAUCGAUUCAAGUGCAGGAUCCAAAGUGUCAUUUCAAUAAAUUGAUAACCCUCCAAAAAAAAAAAAAAAAAGUCUUCUCAUACUGCUAAUAGACCUGCCGCGAUUUUAGAAAGAAAAUUGGAAUAGGUUAGAUGAUAUAAAGAGUGACUCUUAAACUAUAACACUCGGAUACUCAAAAUUGUCUACUGUACUGCAUUUAAAAACGGCUACCGAAAGUUUGUUUAUAUUAGCAUUUAUACUAUUUCUUGAAAAUACAACCAAUGCACAUACUAGAUUAAAAAAAAAAAAAAAAUGUUUUUGAUUGGAGCGAGAUUCCUGGUAGAAAAUUUGUUGACAUUCAAAAAAAAAAAAACACACAAAUCGUAAUAAUAUUUUGUAUGUAUAUCAUUUAAAUGGUUCUUAUAAUGAUGUUGUUAUCGAACGUAACGCGUCAAUAUUUACCGGAAAAAUUAAACAACGAACAACGGUUCUUUGAAAGUUCAAACCUCGUGAAAUUAGAAUGUCUGUAUACAUUACAGAACAUCUAUAACCUUGACUCGUAUUUUAUGGUAAAUAUUAACUCAUCGUUAACUCAUAGCUGUAAGUACGUACACGAAUAUAUAGUGCGGCGUACCUCUUUUUCAUCUUUAUAUAAUAUUUAAUAUUUCAACUGCUUUUUAUUUCGUUUUACGCAUUAAAGUGUUAAAACUUUCUCUAUAUUUUCGUUUUAAUAUCAAAAGUUUAUUGCUUCCAAACUAUACAGACUGUGCGCGCGCGCGCGCCCGCACGCGUGUGUGUGUGUGUGUGUGUGUGUGUGUGUGUGUGUGUGUGUGUUUGUGUUUGUGUGAGUGUGUGUGUGUGUGUGUGAGUGUGUGUGUGUGUGUGUCUGUUCGUGUUCGUGUGUGUGUGGGUAACAGACCGCUUCAGAUUUAAUGAGCAAAGACAGCCAGCGGUAAACUAUAAAUUUAGUUUUUUUUUUUUUUACAAUUUAACAAAACUUGAAAUAAAUUCUAUAUCCGAUUCCUAUCAAUUAAAUAUCCAGCGCGGUGUAAAAGUUUAAAAGAAAACUUUCCGUCGCGAAAAUAAAAGUAUAGGUAUAUAGGUAUAAUAAUUACAAAAAUUAAUUAUUUAUUAUUUUUUCACUCUCGGGGUCCGCCGGCCGGUACAAAACCAAAGAUUAAAUUAGGUAAAUCGUAAAUUUCGUUAUUUUUUAUAAACUGUAUUUUUAUUAUUAUGUAAUAAAAACGAACGAACGGUCAACUUUUAUUAUAAAAUAAUUGUUAAGUUUCUCGCUUUUACACAUAAAAUAUAAAUUGCAUACCUUAACUCGGUACUAUAAUACCACAGAUAAAUAUAUACUAGCUUUUUUACCCGGUCUUGCCCGUGCCAAUUUUUAAUUUUUUUUACCCAUAUUUCUUUUUGGUAUUGACCCUGUCAGUAAUGAAUGAAAACAAAUAGGUGGGAAGUGGGACUAAAAGUAUUCUGUUAUAAUAUAUAUUUUUUAAUUUUAAUUUACUAUUUGCCUUAAGAAUUAAAUAUUUCAGGACCACGUUAAGUGUCUCACCUUCUGGGGCCAGCAAGAAUAAUUUUUUUUUGCGUGUGAGACGUGACAGAUUCUCGUGGGAAAAACAUGGAAAAAAAUUGAAAUGUUAGGUCUAAGCCAGCAACGUUUAAUGCUUGAUCUUAUGCCUCAUUGAUGUUCAUUGAAAAACACUGUUUAACGGGAAAUUGGAGCCGUUAAAACUGGAAUAGUAAAUUGGUUAAUAGCAUUGAUUAGACAGUUUCCUUAGCUUUACGGUCAGUAAGAUUCAUACACUCAAGCAGACAGUUUUUUAAAGAUUUUAUAUGCAAUCUUGUGCCGAUAUUAAUUGCCAUAGAUACUAUAAAUACAUUUUGACCAACCUUUAAAAUGUUUGUCCAUAGAGUAUAUAAAAACAACGUUUAUAAUAUAAUUUUUACUAAAUAUAUUAUUGAAAAAAAUACAAAUACAAAUCAACAAACAUACCCGAUUAACCAAUAGCAACCAGACAUUAAACAAAAAUAUAUUAUUAUUUAAUGCCACUGUUAUUUCAUCAUCACCACCAUACAUUCUUCUCGGAACCGCAACUUUAUAGGAUUACACUUAUGCCUAAGAACAUGCUCAACGAGUAAUUUAAAAAAAUAUUAAUGAAAUUGGUAAAUGCUCAAGUAAUGCCAUGACAAAGGAAUAAGGUCCAUUUAUAUACAGAGAGAUAUAAGCAUGUCUUACAACCGAUAAGAAAUCGAUAAAGUUCGAUUUUAUUUGAAUUCAUAAUUUAACAUUAUGGGUGAGAGGGGCAUAAAUUUAAAAAGCAAUUUAAAAAUGUAUUUUUAUCGUUUGUGACUAUUACUGCAUAGGUUCAUAUCUUUAUAUUUAUUAAAAAAAUUACUUCAAUUUAAAACACAUAUCGAUAAAAGUAUAAUCGUUCUAGCGUUACUUGUAUUGAAAGUUGUAUGUGAUAUUAUUAUUUUAAAGCAUAAUAUUAAAUACACGCUAAGUACUUACAAAUUUGAUGUGUGAGAUUAUCUAUAAGAAAUGUGGAAUUUACCAGUAAAAUCUUUUCAGUGAAUUUCGGUAAAUUGGGUUGAUUUUUCAUUAGAAAUAAAAUAAACAUUUAAUGCACACAUGUAUCUUCUUCUUUUUCUUCUUCUGGUCUUAAAUAAGGGGUCACUCUCAAAAGUUUUCAACACCAUCACGAUGUCCUUCCACUUUAGUCUGUCCUAAACUAACAUUUUCCUUUCUGGAACUCUUAAUAUAUUCAGAUCUUCUUCUUUAUUAUCUAACCAUUUCUUUCUCGAUUUCCCAUGAGGUCUCAUUCCAGCACUGCCCUAAGUGUCUCCUCCUAAUUUUUUCCUAAUUAAUGUCCUUUUAUAACACUAAUGACUGGUGAAGUGUUACUCGAUUUUAAGAACGGUAAAAAAACGUAUAAAAUGUACGUGAAAUUCGAUAUAAUCGCGACAAAAUGUUACAAUCGGUUGUUUAAUUUAAAGAUACAUUAGUUUUAUAAAACAACUUUAAUUAUAAUUAUUAUAACUAACUUAUAAUGACUUAUAAGUAGUAAAAAAACGUUUAAUGUAACUAUAAUAUAUGUAUAAAACUGCUUGAUAGAUUGUACAUAAAAUGUUAACAAUUAACUAUUUAUACUAUUAACGCAUUAUAUGUAUGCUAAUAAUAAUGGCCAUGACCGCUCAUUGCGGACUAAAUGUAUUUUAUUUAUUUGUUUACAUUAAAAACAAAAUAAUAUGGAAUUUGUUUACGAUGAUUGCAUUAUUUUAAUAUUAAAACAUUAAAGUUGCAUGACAAGAAACUAAAAAAAAAAAAAAAACACAAGGUUUUAAGUACCUACAUAUAACCACUAAAAAUUUUUAAAUUUAUUUUUGAAUUAUAAUGUUCUUAUAAUAUACAUAUUAUUAUAAUAAAAUUCAAAAAAUUCUUAAUUUUCGUUGUUUUAGUUAACACUAAUAUUACAAAUUCUAUAUAGUGUCUAUAUUUAAAAUAAUCUUUAGGAAUAGGUAUAGUCAUACAAAAAAUAAUUACGUUUGUUUAAAGUGGCAUUUAAUACAGGUAUUAUUGCAUGAAAUCGUACAAGAGGUAAAUAACAGCACAAAGUGAACAUUAAACCAAGUAGAAAUUAAAAUUAACUCGAUUAAUCAUAUUUCAAAGAGUAUAUUUUACUUAACGAAUUAGUGGUUCGGUAUACUUACGUCUUAUUAUAUGCCUGGUUUAAAAACAAUUAAUAUACGCCCAAAGGCCUCCCCACAAACGAUUUUAUUUCGAACUAAAUGAAUAAUAAUCAAAUUCUAAUUAUUGACUGUAUAGUUGUUGUAAAACAAAUUAAUUAAUCAAACAUUAAAUAAUAUACUCAUAAACUUCAUUGUACUAAAAUAAUGUCAAAUAAACAAAAAAAAUCCCCAACCUUCAAAUCAUUCAAUAAAAUCGAACUACGUUCAUAAACUCACAGAUGUAAAAUGUACAAAUAAGAGCCGCAUAAAGCAGAAUGGAAACCAAUCUUUCAAUGGUUUUUCCGUCUCGUUACGGACUUUUGAAAGCAUCUUAUCUUUUAAGGCUUACGAUAUUUUCAUAGCUAUCAAGCUAUCGAUCUGUUGUACACAAAAUGGCUAGAAAAAAAACGUUACAAAAAGGUCAAGUGGUCGUUUCACAAAAACAACGAACAAUAUUGUCGUGGGUUAUUUUCAAUAUUUUGAUUAAAACCAAAAUAAUAUUAUGGUUAACGUGCUACAAAAAACGAAAAUGACUUUUUCGAGGUUUAUUUAAAUAUAAAUAAUAUUUUAUACAAUUAUACAGGUACGUUUUCGGCUUGAUUUAAUCUCUUUUCAUUCAUCGAAAAUAUUAGGUGGGUAUAUGAAAGGUUUUUUUCUUCGCAAUUCGGAUUUUCAAAAAUACUUAUUUAAAGGAAAAUGUAAACCCAUAAAUAUAUUUGCUUUCAAACGUCCUGUAUUUAAGUGAACAAAUAAAUGCCGAGAUAUGUAUAUGUCGGUUAAAUAUUACUGCGCGCGUGUUCAUUCAUAGUGUGUGCACAUAAUAUUAUAAUACCCAACCGUAUAACAUCAAAAAUUAUAUCAAUUUCCAAUUAACAGACUGUAUAAAUAUGAGUACUUGCGUAACUCUAAACUAACUAUUUCGAUUUUAAUUUAAUUUUUUUAAUUUUAAAUGCAAUUUUACAAUUUUUAUCGCGAAUUCCUAAAAAUUUAAAUCUAACUACAAUAAAAACGCCAAGAUGUAAAAAUAAUUUAAAUUUUUAAAAAAAACUUUAACAUAUUUAAUAUAAAAAAGUUAUUUUAUUUAUUAAAAUAUAAUUCUAUUAUACUCUUUACAAUAUACCGGAUGAUUCUUUUAUCGUUAAACACUCAUUAUCUCAGAAAGUAUUUAUUUUUUUUCGAAAUAUGUUUUAUAGAAAAUUUAACAAACAAGCAACUCUACAAUUUUACGUUUACAUCAUUUUUAUCACCCUAUAUUUGGAGUUGAAACGACUACCUACUUUUGAUUUUAAAAUAGCAACCUAUAUUAAAAAUUCCAUGCAUAGAUGGAGUAUUAGUUAAAAUAAAUUUUACUCUAGGCACUCCAACUAUUUAUUUAAGACAUUUUCAAUGUUGCCAUUUGAAAACUAAAAGUAGAUUAUCGUUCCCCCAAAAAAAUAUGAUAAAAAAAAAUAAUGAUGCAACAUUUCAGGACUUUUUUUUUCUUAAUAAGUUUAAAAAAAAAAAAAAAAAAAAACAAAUACAGUCAAUACUUUUCGAAAUAAUGAGUAUUUAACCAUAAAAGAAUCACCCGGUAAAUAGCGUAUGUUACAUAAUAUUAUAAUAGUAAUUAUUAUUUUUUAGUUAACAUAAACAUAAACUAAAGCACUUAAAACUGCUUCUCGUACCUGCGUUGUUACAUACAAUGUAAUUACUAUAGUUCGUAUACCUGUUUGUAUGAUUUAUUUAAUUACCUGCAUAAUAGUUGUUAUUUUAUUAAUAUAUUUUAACUUACUAUACACAAUGCAUAUCAAUUUUUAUCCUUAUAUAAUGAACAUAGCGGUGUUUACAGUUUAUAAUAUUUCGUACAGCAGGUGUACUUACGAGAACGCGGCUAUUUUUAUUUUAAUGCUAUAACAUAAUAUCCGUAAAGUUGCUGAGUUUCGUUAUCCAUAAUUAACACGGGUCUUUUUGUUUUUCGUUUUUUAAUACAUUAAAUAUUUAAAUUUAUUAGUGAAUCUAUUACGUAAUAGUCAAGUUAUUUAAUAUUUCAAUAUUAAACCUAUAUUAUACCUAAAUUACCAAAUUAAAAAAAAAAAAAAAAAACGACGGAUCGUAUCCUUCAUUUUACUCAAAAUCUAAACAAAAAAACUUGUCCGUUAUAAUAAUAAUUUAAAACAAACCAUUUUAAUUAUCUGAGUACUUAUAAUUAAUUUUUUUUUUGUAUACACUAACGAAAACCAACAACCCCCGGCAUUAGAUUGAAAGUGUAACGAGGAUAGUGUAUUAACAUUAUUAUAAUAAUAACAAUCAAAAAAAAAAAAAAAAAAAAAAAAAAAAAAAUACAGAAAAACUCUUUAUACAUAGUAUAUUAAAUAACAUGUUUAAAAGUUACAAUUUGUUAUCGAAAUCGGUCGGGUCGGGAAAUUACCUUGAUCAAAACCUCUAUCUAAAACCUAAAUAGUUUAUAUUAAUACUGUUAGUGUUAUCGAUGGUAUUAUAAAUUAUAAUAUUAUACACACAGUGUCGAAACAAACGAUAUCUCGUAAUUUGAAUUUUGUUUAGUCAGUUUAUAUAGGUAUUUAAAAUACAAAUUGUACAUGGUAUCUGAAUUGUUCUUAUCAUCAAAUCCGUAACAUAUUUACGUUGUUUUUGUUAACAAAAACCACACAUUUCGAUCACAAAUUAUUUUUUCCAUCAUAUUUGUUUACACAUUUAUUAGUCACACCGAUUUAAAGAUAUUCAGUGUAUUUCUGGAGAAUUUGGGACAUUUCCCUGUAAACAAUGUUUAUUCAACUAUAUUGUUACAUAUUAAUUAAUACACGACUAAUUAUUUGAUGUUUAAAGGGAAUUUUUUAAAAAAUAGAAUACAUUAUCAGAUUACAUGGAUAUUUUUCGGUUCCAAUUGAUUCAAUUACUAAAAUGUCUCAUUUUCGAUUCACAGAUAUUACUCAAUUUACAUUUGGAUUUGAUAUAAAUGUCGAUUUAGUAUUAUUUUAGAUUCUGAUCGACGCGAGGAAUGUAUUGGUUUUACAAUGGUGUAUAUUUUUUCUGUGAACAAAUUUUCUACUAGAAAUCUUGCUCUGAUUUUCAAAUCCAAAAACUCGAAUUAGUUUAAUUAAAAAUGAAUUAUUUAAUAAUUAUUUAAUUAUACGUAAUUGUGGUUUAACUUUAUUUUUUCUAAACAGCCAUAUGCAUAGGGUAAUAUUUAAAGGGAGAGGGGGAGAUGUAGUUUGUUUUUAAUCCCUAUUAGUAUAAUAUUUCUAUGAACAAAUAUAAUAAUAUGUGAGAGAAAAACAUUUGAAAGUCUGUCUCCAUGAUGUCGGGUUUCUUGAAAGUUUGUUUAUGUUUAGUUAGUUCUCGGGCCUGCUGAUCAAUAUUUCCUCAAUAUUGUCUCCCUUCAAAGUUUUUAUUACUUUAACCACUUUAUCUAUCGCCAAAUUCUUCCAAUUUAGGCUACCUCCUAAAGCUUUUACCUUUAACCUUAGAUAUUUGGCUUUCCAAAAGUCCUUUAAUUCUGUUCCAGUACUGCCCAUAGUCAUGUGAGUUUUGGUUUCUCCGUACAUACUAUAUAUUCACUGUACAGCACCUCAGAGUUUUCCUGGUUUUUUAAUCUCUAAAAAAUUAUUUGCUCCAAACGUUAUCAGUAACAAUCUGGUUUUAUUUCACUUCUACUCUUUAGUUAUACUAUCCUCCACCAAUGAUAAUCCACAAUAUUUUACUCGAUUAAUUAAUCAAAUUCGUUAGGUUUUUGUUAUUUUUUAAUUUAUUAGUCCCGAUCAGCUGCUCAGCGAUUAUUAUAAAAGAUAAAUAUGUUCGAUCAAUUAGUCAUUCUUUCGACCGAUGUUCUAGUACCAAGAUUAAUUAAUCAAUUUAUUAUUAGAAGCCGUACAAAAUAAAAUUACAAACACAUUUUUUUUGUGUGUGUGUGUAUAUAUCAUGUCUUACCAUCAUUGUCAUGGCGCCUGACAAAAAUAUAAAUACACGUCAAGUUAAAUCUAAAAAGAAAAAAAUUGUUAAAAUCGAGUUAUGUCUUUGGUCGUCAUUGAACAGAGCAGUAACAAUGAAAUUGUUGAUACGUAUCCUAAUGACAUCAUUGUUCUAAAAUGUUGAAUAAAAGAAAAUAUAUCAUCCAUUUUGUGUAGGGGUAACCAGACGGAAACAUUUAGUUUAGCGUCUGUUUGAUAUUAUUUGUUGUCAAACAACAGUCUGUGAAGAAAGAGAGUCUUUCUCCGUGUAUAUAAUAUUAUAAUAAUUAUUUCGCGUUAGUCUCAAAAAAAAAAAAAAAAAAUAAAAAUAAAAAACAAACAAAAAUAUGUAUAAACACGUUAUACUCAAAGUUUCGUUAUAUAUUACGCGAUUUUACGGGUUCAGGCAUAUUAUGUAGAACAUAUGUAGGUAAUUAUUUUUUCAUUUGUGAUUUGCACAAAAAACCUACAAAAUAUUUGCGUACUUAUUACAUGUAUCGAAAGCAUCUAUGCAUAUCGUAUGGACACAAACUGCUGGACAUAUUAGCAUAAUUUACAGUUAUUAUUAUUGUUAUUAUCUAAACCGUUUUGCAAAAUCGCACUUAAUGUCGCUGACAAAGAGCUCCACAGGGAACGAUAUCUAAAUUUAACACCGUAUAUUUUAUUCUAUUCUAUCGGUGUGACUAUCUAUUUAUCACUAUGAAGGGGGUUGGAUGGUACCAUACAUAUUAUAUUAGUUAUUGUGUACUGUACCGGGUGAUACAUUUAAGUGGGCACACUCAUUAUCUCGGAAAGUAUUGACUUUUUCAGAAAUUUGUUUUCUACAACCUUUAAGAAACAUUAUUAACAUGCCACGCGCCGUACCACCACACAAAUGAUACUCCUCUACUCUCAUCCAACUUAUAAUUAAAAGUGGAAUAUCUCGUCAACGACUUGACAGAAAUCGAAAAUUCCAACGCCGAAAUUUAUUUUGACUAACACUCUAUCUAUUUAUGGACUUUUUAUUAUAGGUUGAUAUUUGAAAAUCAAAAGUAGGUAGUAAUUUACCUCCAGAAAUUAACAUAAAUAUAAAAUUGUAGAGUUGUUUGUUUGUUUGUUUCUUAAAUGUUCUAGAAAACAAAUUCCGGAAAAAGUUAAUACUUUCCGAGAUAACGAAUGCACCCAUUUAAAUGAAUCACCUGGUAUAUAAUAUAUUGGAUACGCCACCGUGUUGUUUGGAGGAAAAGUUCCUCAAGUAAGAUCGGUAAAGUAAAUAAUAUUAAGUUUAUACACUGAAAGCAAUAAUUAUAGAAACCAUUUUAAACAAAAAACACUCGUGAGUUUGAUAAAGCACUAUAAGGAGCUACAAUAAUUAAGUGACCAAAAGUAGCCGGAAAAUUAUAUACUCGUAUAUAUAACAGACACAAAAAUACAGUACAUUAGUCUCUAUUCUUGUAGAAAAUUAGAUAAAAAUGAUUUUCAAUAUAGCUCUAGUUGGCAUUAGUGGCUGGUUAAAGUAGUUUUUUAUUCGUUUAACAGAAGACACCCCCUCCCCCAAAAAAGUAAAAUACUUAAGUCCCUAUAAGGCUCUAAGGCUUAUUUUUCAUUAAACGCGCCUAAAUUAAAAAUUUUUAUUCCAAUAUCGCUGUAAUAUUAUUUUGUUUAGGUUUUUUUUAUAAUAUUUUUUUUUGAGAACCUUUGAAAACAUAUUUUUAAUCAAAGUUCCACCGAACGAAAAAUCUUCAUCUUUUAGAUGUGAUGUAAACGUUUUGGAAUAUGGGUAUAUAUUUUACUAAGCGAAAAAGUGUUUUUCUAAGAGAAAAAAAAAUUCAUCUUGGUAAAACUUAUAAAGCGUUUUCGCAACACUUCAACAAAGACGUUUUUAGAAAUCACCUGAACUGAACAGAAAUAUGCACCUGAGCAUAUUUCUCUGGAGAUUUCCAAAAUAUUAGUUUUAUUUGAUAUUUGACUUGACUACACCGUCGAAUAAUUUAUGUCAUCACUGUAAUAAUUUAAUAACUGUUAUUGUAUAUAAUGGUUUUAGAUUGGAUGUUGUGGUGCGGACGGACCAAAUGACUAUUUAUCCCUGAGAAGAGCAUUGCCCUCCGAGUGCAGGGAUACGGUGACCGGUAACGCGUUCUUCUACGGAUGUGCCGACGAAGUGACUUGGUUUUUAGAAGAAAAAUCCAAAUGGAUAACGAACAUAGCCAUAUCGAUUGCCGCUUUGGAGGUAACCGACAAUACGAUGAUAUUUUAUUUUACGGGUAGAUGAAUAGUGUAAAUAUUUGACCUAAAACGAUACAGUUUAACGCACGAAACACUGCAUGCGUAUAAGUCAACGGUGGGAAAGUCAAUUGUUUUUACUAGUUUAAGUUAAAAUAUCAUUAAACAAAAUAAUAAUAUAAAUACAUUUGAUUAAUCAAGUUAAAUAACACAUGCUCGAGAAAAUGAUAAUUUAGUUAAGCUAAAAAUUACGUUUUUAAAAUAGCCGUUACUAUUAUAAACUCAUAAAUGUAUAUUCAAACUUAAUAAAUGUACGGGGCUCUUGUGAUUAUCCCUGUUUAGGCUAUAUCACGUGGUAAUUAAUCUCAUUAUAUUUAUUUAAAUAUACGUAAUUUUAUUUCGUCAAAAAAUAAAUGCAAAAACCAUAGGUUAUACAAAUUAACUUACAACCUAACUUUUAACUUUUUAACAAAUUAGUGCUCAGCUUUGUUUUAUAUGAACUAUUUUUUUUUUUAAACGGUUAAUAUAGGAAAUACAUUUUUUUUGUUUUUGUUAUCGCGGUCAAACUUUAAUUGUUGUCUUUAUAAGUAAAUUAAAAUAAAUUGAAUAGUAAUCAUUUGUACCGUGCCAUAAUGAAUUAAUAAUUCAGUUAUAUGCUUAUCAAUAUAUAUUUCAAAGAAUGAUAAUAUAAUGACAAGUGGAAAUUGUAUAGGUACCUACAUAAUUGAUAUCAUUUAAUCCCUUCGUAAUUACUGGAAUGAUCGAUACAGAAAUAAUUAACGACUUGACAUUAUUAUUGUUUUAAUACAACUACCGAAUAAUUAAACUGUUUUAAGAGCCGAUUGAAUUGGAAUAGGAGCCAUUUUUCAAAAAAGUAAUUCUAUUAUUUAUAACAACCGUUGGAAAGAUUAAAGUGGCCCUUUGAUUCGCUCCUUUUAUUUAUCACACAUUCCUAAAUAAUAUAAUAUAUUCACAAUAUUUAGUUUCAUUAAACACAUAGACGUAACUAAAAUUCAUCUUUAAAUUAACAAUUUACAUUAUUUUAUAGACAUUCGAGAAUCUCUAAGUAGCUUGAAGAGUCUACACGAGAAACAUUUACUAUGCAAACGACAUCUAAGUUAGAAUAAAAAAGUAUGUUCAAUAUUUAGUUCCCAACACGCCUAUUUUAUAUUGUAUAUUUGUAUGACACGAUCGUAUUGUUUUCGGAAUGUUAUUACCGGACACUGGAAAAAUUCCUUCAAUUUGUACGUGAAUAUUAAAAUUGUUGUUUUUAGAAAACGUAUCUCACGUGAUUUUUUUUUUACAGCCCGAUCGAAACGACCUAUAGGUACCUACGACCUUAAGCCAAGACAUUUACCACCCACGACCUUUCGGGUGGAUACAAAAAAAAAAAAAAAAAACAGGACAAAAAGAUAGUUCCCCUUGCUUUGUUCCCCGUUCGACAAACGCUCCCGACGUCGUUACGUCGCUACCACCGAUGCGAUUCACAUAUAAUAUACAAAAAGUAUCAGCGACCGGGACCUUUUGUAUACAACUUUCAAUACUUGGGUCCACAUUAAAUGUGGCUCGCCACCGUCUAUUGAUCCAAACGUGAUAUAUGUAUGUAUACGUGUAUAUGUGUUUGUGUGUGCGUGUGUGUGGGGGGGGGAAGGGGAUUUUUGUGUGUAAGUACGACGAACGUGCAAUAAUCACUUCGGUAAAAUGAAUGUGUGUAUGGGUGUGUGCGUUUUUUUAACGACACACGAGACCGACGAUAUAGUGUCGGUUCUUCGUAUUGUCAGCGGAUUUUUAAUCGAAAAAUGAGAAGAGUCUAUAUAUACUUAAGGCGUCUAUACGCGUACAUAUACUGAAUUAAAAAUAUAUGUCGUGUAGUGUGUGUGUGUGUGUGUGUGUGUGUGUAUCGUCAUCGUUAUACGUAAACGCAGACGGGUAGAAGCGAAUAAAACAGCGUAAAAUAUAAUAUAUAAGAAACAAUAAGAAUGAAAACGGGAGAGACAAACAUCAGCGACGUUGUGAAAUCGUGACAUUUAAUUGGCUUGCUCGAUAUCCAAAAAUGUCGAAAGGCUAGUCAAUUAACGGUGACAAUAAUUAACACUGUCAAAUGCUACACUAAUAAUAUUGGUCGGUCGUUUUAUUCUACAACGAAGAUAAUAUUGUCCGAGAGCGAAAAUCAGUGAAUAUUUCAUGAACUCGGAAGAAUGUAAAGUUUUUACGAAAUUCGAUGUAUUAAACUCGUUUUGGUGUACACAAUCUUUAUGUAUUUUUUAUGUUUUUAUUUUUUUUUUUUAGAAAAUAAUUUUUAUUUAUUUAGUACCUACUUACAUGGAACAAACCACGAACAUUUAAUAUUAUCGUUAUUUUCAGAUCCUAUCAAUUUAGAUUAUUAUUGGGUUAGCCAACGAAAGCCAAUAGGUUUACGAUGAUAUAUAUUUUAUAUAUUAUUUAUUAUUUCCGCCGCAUAUACCUGUAUAGGUAUAACAUGAAUAUUUGAAAAGAUGAAACAUUUCGAAAUACACUCUGUCCGUACGAAAUUUCGGCCCGAUGUACGACUUUCAAACUUUUUUUACUUAAACUUAUUGGAAUAAAAUACUUUUUUUUUUAAAAAAAAAAAAAAACAAUCAAUAUUACAGUUGACACAUUUUACAUAUUAUAAUGGAUUUCAAUCAUAAUAUAUAGACCACGUAUUCACUUUCGUUACUAUCCUACUAUCCAAAUUAAGAUUAAAGCUCAUUUUCAAAUACGCGCCUGUAUUUUUAAAUUAAUUUAUAACACAGUGUCUUUCUAUUAGUAUUCCAAUAAAAAAUGAAUUUUUGUAACACUUUUUUUAUUUAUAAUUGAAGCAUUACACUCUCAGUAUAUAAUUCACUAUUAUUUAUUUAUAGUUUUGAACUACAUCAAAAAAUAAUCCUUUUUUUUUAGGAUACUUAAAAUUUUUAAAUUUGUACCGUUGAUUAAGAAAUUUCAUUAUGUUGUACAUUUGUACCAUAUUUUCAGUACAACGUAAAUAUUAUGUGACACAAAAUAAAAGCUGGUUAAAUUUGAGUUGAAAAUUAUUGAAAUAUAUUGAUUAUAAUUUAAAAUUAGGAUGCAACAUAAGUUAUUAAUUCCAUAGUCCUGAUAUUAUAUGGACUGUGCUUAGAAAUAGAAACACAGUAACAAGAUUGUUAGAAAGAGAAAAGAGACUGGUGAGGAAAAUACAGUGAUUCUACGGCCAAAUAAAAAUGUAUGUUACAAUAAAAUUGGGCCAAUCCUGAUAAUAAUAAUUUAUAUAAUAUUUUCAGAUUCUGAGUGGCGCGAAGAAACUUGGUUUUACAGAUAUAUUUUUUUUAUUUUUUUUUUUUUUUUGUGUGGACAACUUUUCUACCAUUAAUUUUGCUCCAACUUAUAACGAUAGCAAUUUUUCUAAAAGUAAAUUUUACUGGGGAUGUACUUUAGGUAGGUCGUUUAUCGAUGUUCUUCGGAGUUUUCUUAACGAAUGUGAAAAACCAAAAAAAAUAUUACGGCCUUCCUUUUUCCUGUGGACAAUUUCGACUUACAACAUGCAAUAGUUUACCAAUUUAAUGGGAGCGUUUACUGUAUUGAAAAUAUUUCAAUUUAAUCGUAAAAAUGAACAAUUAUAAGAAUUAAUAUUUAGUUGGGGUACUAUGUAUUUCGAGCUUUUGACGAAAACAAAACGGUGCUCAUUUUCGAGUCGAAAAAAAAGUAAAUUGUGUAGCAUAUCUUACACAUAGUAUAAUGCGAAAAGUAGCGACUACUGUAGACAACUACUUAUUUUUAUUUUUUUUUUUUUUUGUUCUUGUUAAUAUACCGACAUUACGUUAAAACUGGCGGUUUUCCCGUCGCGCUCAGAAUCUAAAACUAUCGUGGGAAAUCGGCGAAUUAUUAUUCGCUCGCAAACUCCAGAGUGCCUGUGACUACGCAUUUACCCCGCCGUCGUCGCGACGUAAGUCCGCCGCGGGCCGCGGUCUGUCGAAUUUUCCGAGCGUUUUUCGACUGCAUUCGGAACGCGCGAAAUUUAUAGCCUUAAAUAAAAACGUCUAUACGGGGAGCGGAGAAAAAAAUAAAUAUAAAAAAAUAAAAAUCUCUCAUACAUAAUAUUUUAUACGCAUACACUGCACUAUAUUAUACUCUCCGCGCGCGCACCAUCAACCCGGUUAAACUUAAUAAUUUAUAUCCAUUUUAUAUAGGAAAGUAUCGGAAAGAGCCGGGCGGACGCGGCAAGGUGCGUAUAAUAUUUCAUCACGACAACUGUAAAUGUUUUUUCUCCCUCCGCCCCCCCCCCUCACCUCCCCGCCGCCCGCCGGCCGGGUCCCGCCGCAGUAUACGCGUACGCGCGCGCCCACUUCUCUCGCAUCGAAUCCCCGUGACUGCGCGCGCGAUAACCCCGGCGUGUACACGUUGCCGGGCCGGACGGGGUCUCCUUUUUAUACGAUUUAUGUUUAUAAAGUCGGAAAGGAAAUUAAUGUUAUUAAAGAAACGGCGCGCGCGCGCGAGGCGGCGGCAAGGCGGCAGCUGGAGAAUAAAUUUGAUACGCCGCCGCCGCCGGCCUGUAUUAUUAUUAUUGAGAUGUUUUCCCGGCGAAAUGUUUACGCGCGGCGCCCUCGACCGCCGUCGGCGCAGCGGCGGUUGUUUUUCUUUCCCCCCCCCCCCGUUCUUUUAACGUGGUAAUUUCUCGCGGCCGAAAAUCGUUCGCUCUUCGUUUUUCCUCCCGGUGACCGCUCCGCGGCGGACCGCGUUCCCGCCUGGCCGCCGCCGUCGGACGGUAUCGCGCGCGCCACCCCGGGACAAGACGGCCGCACACCUCGACGCGCGGCCCUUUCGACCGCGUAUUGGUGUCGGCGGAAUAGCGAAAAACCGUCCCCGACCAAUUAACGGCACACCGCCGCCGUCGCAUUAUCGACGGACGGCUAGAAUUUAACAGCUUUUUAAUUUUUUUUUUUUUUUUUUUUCACUAAGAUAAAUCAACAUUUCCGUGUUUUCCGAUACCGAUUUAUUGCUCUGUGAUAAAUAUUAUAAUUAAUAAAUCAACAAUAUUCUGAAAAUUUAAAAUUUAUUACUUGCCAUUCACAGCAGUUUGAAAUUAUUCUCGUAGUAUACCAGUGUUAAAUAAAACGAAAUUUAAGACGGCCUUAUUUAGGUUUGCAACUGUUUUACAUAUUUCUGUUUAUGGUUACCAUUAUUUUUUUUUUUUUUUAGUAUAAUGUAAUACUGCUCUAAAUCGAAAUACGGCAGUGUUCCACUAAAAUUUAAAACUAAAAACUUCCAUAACUAUAAAUUCUUAGAAAUGGAAGAUAUCCUAAUACUGUGUUGCACAUUAUGUUUCAAUAAAGCACAUAAAACGAAAAAAAAACAUACAAGUUUCAUUGAUAAAACUUAAAAAUUUACCUCCUGGUAAAUACUUUAAAUUUAAAAUUCAUUUUUUUCAAAACACAUUUCAUGUCACGAUGGUGGUCUUGUUCCAAGGGUGCGAUUAUCUAUACUGAGUUAUCGUUUUAUUGUCGACUAGAACAAAGGUCGAUUUCGCGCAAUAUCUCUGUGAGUUAUUAUACUGAACGUAUUAUUAUUGCUGUUUUUUAUUUUUCUUAAUAAUUCGUGGGCGUACGCGUGAAAAAAAAGGUGUUCAUAUUUCAGAACAAUUUAGUAGAACGAUAAUAAACUUUAAUUGAAAACGCAAGAUCAUCACGAUGAAGAUCAUGUCAUAACCUAAGUACUGUGAGAUUCUACGUUUCGUUCUGUAUUGUUCAACAUAAAAUUUAUAAUUCAAUGUUUAAAAAUCAGCUUUUUUUUUAACUGAUUUAAAAUAAAAUAAAAAAUGACUUCAGGAAACAUAUAAUAUGGGUUUUGUUUGCUUAACUUUACUUUCAUGGCACAUUUGAAAUAUGAAUUAAUAUCUAAUCCUAAAAGGCUCAUUGAAAAAUUAUAUUAAAAAUUGGAAAAUUUUUAGUUAACAUAUCAUACGCAGAAAAUUGUUCUGCUUUUUUCGUGUAAAUAGUAAAUAACUAAUUUUUCGCAAUUUGGCGACCUUACAUCUUUUUCAAGCACACCUAUGAAUUAUUAUUACCCGCGAAAUAAUAUUAAUGUAUUAUCCCUAUACGGUAAAAUACCUAAACUUAAAUUUUUCAGUAAUCGAUUUCGAGUCAAGUUCUUUUUUUUUUUUUAAGUUUUUCUUUUCACAGAUAAUAGAUUUUCCACAAGUCUCUUUGAUUAUUCACUAUAUUGAUCGAAAAUCACAAAUACCUAUACACACACCUAUACUAAGACGAAAUUAAUUUAUAUUUUCGUAUAAUAAACGAGUCCACCAUAACUUAAAAACUUUCAAGGACAUAGAAAAUCGUUAAUUUCUAAACGUCAAAACGUUAUAAAAUGUCUACACGUCAAUUUUAAAUCUAAUAUCAUAAAUAAAUAACUUAAAUUAUCAUAAAAAAAUAAAAAAAUAUGGGUAAUAUAACACAAUAUAUUCCCAGUUAUAUUUUAAAAACUUCAUUUAUGUAUUACCUACUAUAUUACUGUAUAUAAUGUAUAGUAAACACCACUUUGGAAGAGGAUUCAGAACAAGAUAACGGGUGAGGAAGAGCGAUUUUGAAAAUGCAUACGAGGCACACACAUUUAUGAUGAGCUCGAUGAUGAUUCAAGCUAAAAGUAUAUUAGAGAAAGUACGGGGACGGGAGGGGCAUUGCUGUCGUCGUGCGUCGCCAUCCCCCAGAUCCGCCGCUACACCAUUUAAUAAUUUUGAUAUCAUUUUUUGUACAUUUUAGUUAUACUAUUAACAGCAUAAACGAAAUGGUCCAUUUCAUUGACUAAAUACAAUAUAUUAUUUUAAUGAAAAUCUCUCAGUUCUCAUCAAACAAUAGAAAAUAAUAUAUUAUUAUAUAUAUUUGUAUUUAGUUUUUUUUUUUUUUUUGAAUUUGCUUAUGCACAUACUUCUUCAACCGAUCAUUUUUUUUUUUUUUAUCAAACCGAUAGCAAUGCGAACUAUUUUAAUUGAAAAUAAAAAUUCUUUGCAAAAAAAAUAAAUUACAAAUAUUUAUGAUGUAUAUGUUCUAAAAAUAACAUUAUUAUUUGUAUUGAGCUUUUUCUCCUUCGAUCCAAUUCGUGUUGAUACUCGUAUAUAUUUAAUCGAAAAAAAAAACCGAUUUAUUCUUUUAAUUUAAAUCAAUUUUCAGUUUUAUUUAAAUUAGUUUUCUCAUACAAAUUAUAAACGAAGGCCAAGGGCGAUAUUAUUAUUUUUAAAUAUUUUCAUUAUUAGUAUUUAUUUAUUUAAUAAAAGAAAUACCUACAAAUUAUAAACAUAAAAAAAAUACGCUUAAUUAAUAUGAACGUUGCUUAUUAAUUUAUUAAUUAAAAUAAUUGAAAAUAUUUUUGAAAACCGCUAACUCUAUUUCAUUAUCGAAAAAUGAAUAUUCUAUAAUGUCAAGGAAUAUAGUGUUUAAAUGCCGCUUAAUUAGGUACGAUUUGCUAAAAGUUAAAAAUGAACGUAAUAAUAAUGUACAUUUUCAUUUUAUUAUUUAGGUCAAUACAUUUUUAACGCUGUGGAAACCUCAAGCUCUAUUUAAAUAAAUAAAUCUACAAUCUAAAAAGCUAUGUAAAAUGAGUAGGUUUGAUAAUUGACAAAAAUAAUAAAUAACAACGAAUCGUAUUAUUAUAUUUUGUUAGAUCUUAUUAGAACCUUAUUUGAUUAGAGAGGUAACCAUAAAAAAUUAUUUUUUUUAAUAACGUCUACAAAUUAUAGAAACUAAACUUUACGUUACAUGAUUAGUAAAUAUUUAUAAGACCAACAUUUGGUUUUAAAAUAUGUUUAAAAAAGGAUAUAAAAUACAAAAAAAAAAGAACUUAUAAUGCAAGAUCUAAGUAUUUAUGACAAAAAAAAAAAAAAUUAAAUAUUGAACAGAAACAAAGUUGUGUUUGUCGAAUCUUCGUGAGAUACUUUUUAUUACGCACAGCUUAUUGUGUUUUCCAUUAAAUACAACUUAUUAUGAACCUUUUAUUGUCUUCUAAAGAUUACUUAAACAGAUAAAAAAUGUCAUCCACAUACCUACGACUAAAUAAAAACUAAAAAACUCGAGUAUUUCAAGUGGCUAUAAUUAGUUCGAAAAUUCGAUAGAUUGUACAACAUCUAUUAUCGACUAAUAUAAGUAUUCCGGUAAUAAUUCCAGGUCAUUGCAAUUAUUUUAAACUGAAUACCAACAACAAGAACAAGAACAAUAUUUAAAAAACAACAGUAUCCGUUGUUCGAAAAUAUUCAUUUCAUUUUUUCCUGAUCAUUAAGGAAAUUAAAAUUAAUAUCAAAACAUUACACCUCAUCAAUGCACCGAACAGAUAUAAUUUAGUAUUAAAAACCAUCUCCGAGGUUAAUGACUCGAGCAAGAUUACCAGUAGAAUAGUUGUUUACGGGAAAAAUAUAUUUAUUUAUUUAAGUGCACACCCUGUAGUAAAACUAAAAUAUUAUUUGUAUAUUCAUAAUUUUAAGUUAUUCGCUCAUUCCCAAUUUCUUCGCAUUUUGAAACGUUACAUAAACUCAUUAGGUUUUAUAUUUUACUUUUUGCUUGUCUCCAUUUUAAUAAUCUACAUGUAAUUAUCGAAACUUAAUAUUAAACUCGCAAGUCACGAACCAAAUACAAAAUAUUUACCUACUUUAAAACUAUACUUAUUCUAACUUAUUAUUGGCAUGAUUGACAAAAAUUGACUGCUGUUUUUUAUUUUAAACAUUUUAUAUUAUUUUCGAUAUCUUUAAUUGAAUUCCUUAAAAUUCAAUGCUCUAUCAAUUGAUAUUAUGUAACAUUUGUAUGUUUUCUAAUAGAUUCUGUGUAUAAUAGCUAUUAGUUUUACUAAGAUGUAUAUUAUAUUUUCUCGGAAAUCACUUUUUCGGUUAUUAAAAAUUAUGUGACUUUUUCAUAUGGCACCUUAAAAGAUAUUUUAUUUGAAAAAAAAUGUCUUAGUUCCUAACAGCUUCUCUAAAAAAUUAUUAAAAACUGACAAUAAAUGUUGAUAAUUUUGUUACAUUUUCACCGAUUUAUAGGUUACUUUAGCUACUAUAGGGAUAAAACAUAUUAAGUAAUUAAAACAGUCGUUUUUUUUUAUUGAAAUGAUUUAUUGUUGCUUUCAGUAGACACAAGAAUAUUUAAUUAUCCCGUAUAGUGUUUAUCCUAUGUCAUCUAAACUUUCUAUCAAUUACAACGACAAUGACGCGAUCAAAAUGCAUCCGGAUUUUUCGAUUUUCGUGAUCAUUGUAAAUUAUUAGUUAAGGAUUGAAUUAAAUUUGAAAAUUGAUCAAUUUAAAUUGUACUACCCAUUAAAACCAUGUAAAAACGCGUCAACAUCCAAACAUUUCAGAUCAAUUACAUUAAUAAUAUUCGGGGGUAUGAAAAUGUAAAAAUAAACUUCUGUUAUCGCGUUUUUAGAACCACGCCCGUUGUCUAUUAUCCGCUUCUCCAGUAAUAAAAACAAAUAUUUCAUUCAUCAAACAGACAGCUCGCUAAAGGUAAAACACUAAUAAUUACUACGUAUAGGUAUGCUAGAGUAUAUACAACCUUGACUAUACGUCAAUGUUUAUGUAGGUAACUAUAUGAAAGAUAUCAUACAGAUAAAAAUAUCAUAUAUUUUUUAUAAUAAGUUUAAUGCAUUUUUUUUUUUUAUAUGCCAUUUAUACAGUUCUAAAUAAUAAAAAAACAUCAGGUUUAUUUGUACCAACGUUGAACGUCGUCGUCAUUGGUUCUAUUAUUCUCAAAUGACUUCCUAACCUUUCUUUAGUCUUGAAUCUUGAUUUGGCUAUUAUGUGGUUUGUCAAUUAUCGGAAUAUGAUUCCACACAAUAUACAUCCGUACAAUGGUUUAUUUAAUUUUUUUUUUGUAUGGCUUAUCAGAUAAUUUGAUCAAAAAAUAUCAUUAAAAAUAAUUAACUUAUUAUUUUAUUUAACACGAUGGUAUUGCAAAGUAUGCUUUAUACCAUAGCUAUAUGAUUAUAGAAUUGGUGAGAGUUGACGAGGCAGAAUUUAGGGUAAUUUAAUACAAACGAUAACCUAUUCUGAGAGGAAUUCGGUUAAUUAGCCACUUAGGUUAGCUGAUGAUUUAAGUCAUUAAAAACCUUUAAAAAAUGUUAAUAAUUGCAAAAGUCAUGUAUGGAUAAAAAUGUACCUAAAUAUAAAACUGAUGGUUGAGUUGAAGACGGAGGAGGAGAAGAAACAGAAAACCUGAUUUGGAGAGUUUACAAAAGUAUUUAAAAAAAAGUAGAAGUAAUCUGGCGGAAAAUCCCAUAUCUUUUAAGGUAUAUCAUGUGAAAGAUUUGGAUGAUUUUACUAUAUGAUGCUAUUCAGUCUAGCUUUCAUUAAAGCCCAGUCCAGCUUUCACUUAAAUAGAGUAGUUUUAGUCUAAUAAAACUUCUAUGUAGAUUUAAUACGACGAGUUUUAAAAUAAAAAUUAGAAAUUUACAAUAGAAUAGUCUCGAGUACACAAAUGUAUACACAAAUUAUCGGUUCGGUUUAAAUUACCUCGACAUCAUGGGUGGUAGGUACCCGUGUAAAAAACCUCGGGAAGAUCGAGUCAUUAUUUACAAUAUAAAUUCGAAAACAGUACUAAUUAAAAUGUAGCGUAGAUACUUAUUUAUAUAACUGUAUAAAAGAUUAAAUAUUUCGAUUGUUUAUUUUAAGUUAUCAUCAGGUUUUUAUAAAUAUACAGCACAAAAACUUCUUUUUUUUUAAUUUUUAAAUAACUAUAACUUUUUGAAUCUGUUAUAAAUGAAAAAACACAUAUAAGAUUUCUUCCAAAAUAUUGUUCUCUGUAAAUUUCUUAGGUACUUUUACUCUAAAAUCAAUACUAAGCUAGUUUUAAGCUAGGCUGUAUAAGCAAUGUUUUUGCAUGCUACCUAAUGGUUUGACUGAAACAGUGGAUGGGAAUGUGGCGUCCUCUUAAUAUGUUUUAUUUUGUUUUUUGUUUUUUUUUAUGUAUUUAUACUUGCAUUAUGAAAUAUAAAAUUAUUAUUUAAUAUUUACUCCGGUAAAUACACCGCGUAAGUAUAAUUUUGGUUAUACCAACAACAAAAUAUUAUUGUACAAGUACUCGUACGUCCGUAAAAAAUAAUUUCGAGAGUAACAAAUGAAAUAUUUUAUGUUAAUAAAAAAAAAAAAAAUGUAAUUAUAAUUAUGUCAUUCGUAAAAACAAAUUAUUAUUUAUAAAAAGGUUGUACAAUUCACGAGGUGGAAUGUGAAAUUAUAUUAUACACACAAUGUUCAUACAAUUUGAAUGUAGUUUAAACAAUACUACCUGACCCGGUAAUGCUUUACUAUUCAUUACUAUGCUAGAUAAUAUUAAAAAUAAUAAUUAUAAUAUUAGUUUUUUUAUCCACGACAACCGAAUUGUCAUUGUCAUCCAUGUCACCAAGGUAACCCAUGCAUAAACAAAAACAAAUAAAUAAAUAAUUAUUGUUGUAUUUUCAUAGGGAUCUCUAAUUUUGUUGGAAACAUAUACAUCUCAUGUUACUCGUUAAUAAUGUAGCGUUUUGUAGAUGAAAAAAAUUUGAAAUCGGCUAAGUCGUUUUUGAGCUUAUUAAUUACAAAUAUACAAAAAAUCAUUUUUUCUUUGUAAUAUUAGUAUACAAUAUUGAAGUUUGUUUUUCCGUAAACGCAUAGAUGAAUUUUUAAUAAUCGAAUUUGACUACAAAAUAUAAGAUCACUUAAUUUAUACAAACCUGGACAUACUUCGCUCUAUUUGUAGGUGGAAAAUAGUUGAGGCAUAAAUUAUACAGGGUAAUUUAGUUUUUAUAAUGUACUGAAAAUUAUAGAAAUGGAAAAAAACCUAUUCUGAAUUGAGCUCGAUAAACUGCAGGAACAAGGUUUAUAAUCGUGGUUUGAGGACUGUGUAAUAAAUAAGAUAACCCAGAAAUCAAAAGAAAAUAUGUACCGUCAGUUUGUUUUUCGGUAUUUUUCAAUGUUUUAGAAAAACUAUUAUGAUGGAAAAUUGUUCCAAAUAAAUAAAAGGGUAAAGAUGUAAUAGAAUAGAAGAAAAUUAGUGGCACAUAUAGUCUAUAGAUUCCACAUGAGUAUGAAUUCACAUCCUCAAUUUUUUUUUUUUUUUUUUUAUUGAAAUUGCGCCCCUAGUAAAAUGCCAAUAUUUGCCAGAUUAGUUUAAAAAUGGUUUAUGCCUUUAUGAUAUACGGCACCGCCAUAUUUCCGUUAAAUGGUGAUUGUAAUGGUGAAAGUAACAUCGAAAUUCAAAACAUCCAUUACAGUAUACACUAUACACCCAUAAGUCGAACGAAAUAUAUAUUAAAUUCGAUAUUCAUACUUUUAUUGACCAACGAACGAAUGUUGAAUUUUAUUUAUUUUUUUAUGCGUUUCGACCGUACCGUGUGUUUAAUGAUUGAUGAUUGAUGGUGGACUCGAAAUUGAAUAUCAUUAAACACAAAAUACAAGCGAGUGUAAAAAAAAAAUAAACAAAACAAAACAAGAUGGACCUACUUCGCAUGGUGGUUGGGCCACUGGUAAAAAAUUGGGAAGGUAGUCAUACAGAGGGAUACAAAAAAUAAACCAAUAAAGCGAUGGGCUAACAAAAAACGAUUUAGAGCGAAAUUUCUUUUAUACACUUACGUAUAUUUUCUCGUUAUUCUUAUGUUUUUUUCCAAUUAUUAUGAAAACCGCUUGGAAUUUCCAAAAAAAAGACUUCUCUAAAGUACCAGCUGGGUACAAAUUCUUUUUAGAAAAUGCGCUACACUUGAAGAGAUUUCUAGUAAAAAUUUGCUCAAAGAGUGAAAAAAAAAAAAUUAAUAAUAACGAUAAAUAUCAUUGUAAAACUAAUGAAUUCCUCGCUAAGCUCCGAAUCUAAAAUGGUUAAAAAUUAUUGUAAAGAAAAACCGCAGCGGCAUAAAGAUCGGUAUAAUUAUUCGAUAUUACUCGUUUAGGUUUGUAAUUAGCAAACCGGAUAAUACGAUUCAUGUAUCAGCCCGCCGGAUUUUAGCAUUUUAAACGGCCCGAAAUUACAUGAAAUAUUGCAACAAAUCGACAUGAGUAUGAUUAAAAACGAGUAUGAUAUUGCAUGUCCCGUCUAGGUUUUCUGCGUAGUUCGUCCCGUUCAACCGGAGCCUACCCGUUAGACUCGAGCACCGAGUUUAUCCGAUUCCGCGUGAUAUUUUAUAACCAUCAAAUACAUUAAUUAUAAAAUAACUCGGAACCUCGAUGGUUUAAUAUUAUACAAUGUUAAUUUUGAUGGGAUAUUAUUACAAACACGUAGCUGCGCGGUUUUAGGCGUUGACAGCCGAUUAGUGUUUAUAUUUUUACACGUAAAUUUAUUUACAACAAAAAAUUAAUACAAAAACUUUUAAGAACGAUAUAUUAUAUUAUAUUUUUUAAAUUUUAUCUUAAAUCACUAACGUGACUUACGUAACACUAACGUGGAUUUAUUUUUUCAGAUGUUCAUAUCCGUCUUGAGUGUGAUUUUAGUCAAGGCUUUGCAAAAAGAAGAAAAAUUCAACUACAACCGAUAA